AUGUCGCAGCACUGCCAAGAUCGAGGUCGAGGCAUGCGCCGCCGCGAGCAUGCAUGUAGCCGCAGCGGCCGCAUCUCGGCAGCGCCCAUCGUCUUCCUCCUCGUCGCUACGUGGAUCUUCCGCGGCCGCCGAUCCCACGGCGACGAGCAAUUAAAAAGCUCCCGACUUCAACGUCGAUCUAUCCACUUGAUGUUUGUAUGCGGAAGAAUAAAAAUACGCGCCGGCGGUCAUUCUGCGAGAUUUGGCAAGUCGGCGGUCGUCAUGUGGUCGAAAGGCGAGACGACGCCGCUGCUCUCGGCGUCGAUGCGCCUGGACGAAGACCGCUUCUACAUGGGCAUGGACAAGCACACGCUCCUCAACACGCCCGAGAGCGGCCUCUCGACCGUCGAGGCCGCGCGCCGCCUCAAGCAGUUUGGCCCGAACGAGUUUGAAGCGCCGGAUGCGGCGUCAUGGCGCCGCUUGGCCGGCCACUUUGUCGGUCCAAUGCCGUUGCUGCUCUGGCUCGUCAUAGCUCUCGAGCUCGUGACACAGGACGUACCCGACCUCGCCGUCCUCAUCUUUCUCCAAGUCCUCAACGGCGUCGUGGGCUGGAUCGAAGACGCCAAAACGGCCCAUGCGCUGCUCGCGCUCAAGGCCGCGCUCAAGCCCGAGGCGCAAGUCAUUCGCGACGGCGUUCACCAAACGAUCAAUGCGUCGCUGCUAGUGCCCGGCGACAGGCUCACGCUCACGGUCGGCUGCGCGGUCCCCGCCGACUGCGACCUCUGCGAUGGGUCGCCGAUCCAGGUCGACCAAAGCGCGCUCACGGGCGAGUCGUUUCCCGUGACGCUGCAUGCUGGCGACAACGUCAAGAUGGGCUCGCUCGUCGUGCACGGCGACGUCGAGGCCAUCGUGUCGGCGACCGGCGCCCAGACGUUCCUCGGGCAGCACCCGCCGAGCGCCGAGUGGCAUGCCAAGAACACGCUCUCGUCGCACUUUACGCACAUCACCAUGGCGCUCCUUCUGAUCGCGAUUCCUGCAGUCAGCGUCCUUCUCGGGUGUCUUCUCUACAACGGCGUGGCCCUCCUUAGUGCGCUCAGUCUUGGCCUAAUCGUUGUCGUCGCCGCCGUGCCGCUCACAUUGCGCAGCAUAUGCAGCUCCAUCUUGGCCCUCGGGUCGCGCCAGCUCGCGGCGGAGAAGGUGCUCGUGACGCACCUCCAGUCGAUCGAGACCAUGGCCCGGCUCACGCUCGUCUGCGCCGACAAGACGGGGACGCUCACCCGCAACAAGAUGGAGCUGCAGGACGACGUUCCGCUCUUUGCGCCGCACGCCUCGCGCGAAGACAUCCUCGUCAUGGCCGCGCUGGCCGCCAAGUGGCGCGAGCCGCCGCGCGACGCGAUCGACACGCUCGUCCUCAACGCGAUCGACCUCCGACCGCUGGACGCGUACACGCUGCUGGCGCACACGCCGUUCGAGCCGACGGCCAAGCGCACCGAGUCGACGAUCAAGACGCACUCUGGCAAAGUGUUCAAAGUCACCAAAGGCGCACCGCACAUGGUGCUCUCGCUCGCCCACAACGUCGACGACAUUGCUGACGCGGUCACGUCACGCGUGCUCGACCUCGCCAAGCGCGGCGUGCGCUGCCUCGCGGUCGCGCGCACCGAAGAGGGGUGUGGCUGGGUCUUGAUGGGUCUCCUCACGUUCGUGGACCCGCCCCGGCACGACACGAAGCGGUCGAUCGAGCUCCUCCAGACGCACGGCAUCAACCUCAAGAUGCUCACGGGCGACAACGCGGCGGUCGCGAUCGAAACCGCGCAUUUGCUCCAAGUCGGAUCGACGAUUCUCGGGUCGGACGCGCCGCUGACGCCAGCCAUGGUCGAGAACGCCGAUGGCUUUGCCAACGUGUUCCCGGCCCACAAGGUGCGUCUUCUCACGCUCUUGUCGACGGACAAAGCCAACGUGUGCGGUGUCACCGGCAACGACGUGCAAGACGCCCCGGCGCUGCGCCUGGCACACUUGGGCAUUGCGGUCGAUGGCGCGAGCGACGCGGCCAAAGCUGCGUCCGAUGUCGUCUUGACCAAACCGGGGCUCGCAGUGCUUUUGCAUGGCGUGCUGCUGGCGCGUCACGUGUGCCAGCGCGUGACGCACUACGUCAUCUACCGCGUCGCCACCGGUCUCCACGUGCUCGGCUUUGUGCUGCUGGCGACUUUGUGUUUCUCUCCGAAUGGCGGUCAUUUCGCACAGUUUGCCGAGCGCGUGACCAAUGCGACCGCGUGGGCGGGCGCAAGUGAGGACGCGCCGGCGUCGUUCCAGCUGCCCGUGAUUGCAAUGGCGUUGCUCUUGCUGCUCAACGACGGCGCGAUCGCGUCGACGAUGGCGCAGGACGUUGUCGGGUCGCGCGCGACGCCCCAGGGAUGGAGCGGACCGCGCACCGCUCUCAUUGCGAGUACGCUCGGCGCGGUGAGCACGCUCAGCAGCCUUCUCUUGCUCUACUGGGCCCUCGACUCGUGGGAGACCGACAGUUUGUGGCAGCAACUCGGGCUGCGCGCGUUGUCGUACCGCCAAGUGCUCAUGGUGGUGUACCUGCAGCUCUCGCUCUCGGGCUGCUUGCUCGUCUUCUCGGCGCGCACCGACUCGGUGUGCUGCUUGCAAGCGCCGAGCAAGCUCCUUGUCGCGGCCGCCAGUCUCUCGUCCGUGGCGGCGACGACGCUGUCGCUCUUUUGGCCGUUUGCCGAGAUGCAGGCCAUUUCGCUGCCGACCGCCGUCUUUGUGUGGGUCUACUCGCUAGUGUGGCUUCUUGUGCUCGACAGCGCCAAGGUGCUCGCACUCUCGCUCUACGAGCACGCAACGAGGAACCGCAAGCCCGCGCGCAUGGAGUGGCAGCGAUUGAACCGAAUGCAGCUCGGCAACCUCCGGGCGGUGGCGACCGCAACGCCGCUCUCGGCCAGCUCGUCGUCGUCGCGCAUGCUCCGCGACUCGUUCGUGGCGGGGCGUGCCGUGACGAGCAGUGCGUCGACGAAUAUGAACCUCGACCAAGCGAUCGACCGCCUCGGGCGCCUUGAAGCUGAGAUGAAAGCCGUGCGACAUGUGAUUCAAGCGGCCUCCGCCAGCACCAACUAG